AUAAACAACCACAGAACCACAAGUUGGGCGGCCUGGCAGUGUCAGAAGUCUGAGCCCGCCCGGCAUAGUGGUCAUUAGACAGGACGAAUCACACUGAAUGCAAAACCACAGGGUUUCGCAGAGUGGAGUCCCAGAGGUGUUGAGCCAGGCGGGGCAGAGAAGACAGAGAGAGCCACCAUGAGAGAUAGAGUGAAAAUAGUGACCUUUCUUGGUUUUUCACUCUGAAGGUUCGAGAAAUUCUUGAAAUCCCCGCCUUCCGAAGAGCAUACAUUUUCAGAAGGAAGCGAUGGCUUCAGACAGCAUAUUUGAGUCAUUUCCUUCAUAUGCUCCAUGCUUCAUGAGAGAUGCCAGCACGAGCCGCCGCUUCACGCCGCCUUCCACCGCGCUGAGCCCGGGCAAGAUGAGCGAGCCGCUACCGCUGGGCGCCCCGGAGGCCGGCGCCGCCCUGGCCGGCAAACUGAGGAGCGGCGAUCGCACCAUGGUGGAGGUGCUGGCCGACCACCCCGGCGAGCUGGUGCGCACCGACAGCCCCAACUUCCUCUGCUCCGUGCUGCCCACGCACUGGCGCUGCAACAAGACCCUGCCCAUCGCCUUCAAGGUGGUGGCCCUGGGGGACGUUCCAGAUGGCACUCUGGUGACGGUGAUGGCAGGCAAUGACGAGAACUACUCGGCCGAGCUGAGAAACGCUACUGCGGCCAUGAAGAACCAAGUCGCCAGAUUCAAUGACCUCAGGUUUGUGGGUCGGAGCGGAAGAGGGAAGAGCUUCACUCUGACCAUCACCGUCUUCACAAACCCACCGCAAGUCGCCACCUACCACAGAGCCAUCAAAAUCACCGUGGAUGGUCCCCGAGAACCCCGAAGACAUCGGCAGAAACUAGAUGAUCAGACCAAGCCCGGGAGUCUGUCCUUUUCCGAGCGGCUCAGUGAACUGGAGCAGCUGAGGCGCACGGCCAUGAGGGUCAGCCCGCACCACCCCGCCCCCACGCCCAACCCUCGCGCCUCCUUGAACCACACCACAGCCUUUAACCCCCAGCCUCAGAGUCAGCUACAGGACACCAGGCAGAUCCAGCCAUCUCCACCAUGGUCCUACGAUCAGUCCUACCAGUACCUGGGAUCCAUCGCCCCUCCUUCCGUGCACCCAGCAACGCCCAUCUCACCUGGACGUGCCAGCGGCAUGACGAGCCUCUCUGCAGAACUUUCCAGUCGACUCUCAUCCGCCGCGCCGGAUCUGACGGCCUUCGGAGACCCCCGCCAGUUCCCCGCGCUGCCCUCCAUCUCGGACCCGCGCAUGCACUACCCGGGGGCCUUCACCUACUCGCCGACGCCGGUCACGUCGGGCAUCGGCAUCGGCAUGUCGGCCAUGAGCUCGGCGUCGCGCUACCACACGUACCUGCCGCCGCCCUACCCCGGGUCCUCGCAGGCGCAGGGCGGCCCGUUCCCCGCGGGCUCGCCGCCCUACCACCUCUACUAUGGCGCCUCGGCCGGCUCCUACCAGUUCUCGGUGGUCGGGGGCGGCGAGCGCUCGCCGCCGCGCAUCCUGCCGCCCUGCACCAACGCCUCCACCGGGGCCGCGCUGCUCAACCCCAGCCUCCCGAACCAGAGCGACGUGGUGGAAGCCGAGGGCAGCCACAGCAACUCGCCCACCAACAUGGCGCCCGCCGCCCGCCUGGAGGAGGCCGUGUGGCGCCCCUACUGAGGCCCG